AAAAUUUUGAAAUAUAUUAAUGAAUAUUAUAGGUUUAAUAAGAGCAUAUCGUACAGACAUGCGAAUUCGUGGGAUUUGCAAGAAAAUGAUGUCUCUCCAUCUCCUCCCACAUGGAAAAAUCCCUACUGCCUUUGCAAAUUUAAGAUCAGCUGUCUGGGAAAUUGAAAACAGGGAGAACCGAACUAUGAUGCGAAAACUGUACAACUACAUGGAAAAUACCUGGAUCGACAGCUUGCUUUGGCUUCCUAAAGUUUGGUCGGUCUUCAUGCAAGAGGUGAGAACCACUAAUGACGUUGAAGGCUGGCACACACAUCUAGCAAAUCACGCUGGACUUAGCAUUAGCAGUAAAGGCCUCAACCUGUAUAUUCUCCUCGAAGUUCUCUACGAGGAGGCUAUACAGGUUGAUAUAUACACAAAGAUGCUUGAACAGGGCCAAAAACUGAGAAGACAGCGGAAAACUUUCAAAGAAUUAAAUUUAAAACUGUUUGGUUUGUGGAACGACUAUUCCAAACAAAAGAUAACGACCGCAGAACUUUUAGAACAAUGUGCAGAUAUUUACGCAAAUUCAACGCAAUUAAAUAUGCAAAAACGGCGAACGAUGCUCGUCUCUUUGAGUUAG